GCUUUGCCGAGCGUAGGUGGCCAGGGGCGGGCCCGGCGGAGGCGCCGCCCAGACCUGCACCUGCCGCUGCCGAAGCGUCACGGGCCGGGUCUUCCUCUUCCGUGCGGGCCGCCGCUCCGCCCAGCCCCCCGUCCGCGGGCUUUGUGGUUUCCUGCUACCGAGUCUAGGCGUCCACUUCUGUCCAUCCUGUUCGGCCGCGCGCUCCCAACGGCCAGGCCGUCGACCCCCGGACGAGUGAUUGUUUCCUCUCCGCUCAGCAGCCACAAGUCAGACCGUUGCACACCUCUGCCUGGAAGCCUCAACAGUGGCUUCUCAUUACCGUAGGAUCAUGUCCGAAUAAUCCCCUCCCCGUACCACAGACACGCUCCACUCCAGCUGACGGACUCCCCCGGCAGGCUCUGCUCCCUCACGUCUGGGCCUCUGCACCUGGAACCCCUUCCUCCUUCUCCCCCACCCCUGUCCCCUCCACUGGCCACCGAAGAUUUCACUUUCUCUAGAAAGCUCUUUCUGAAUCCUGAGAUUGGGCUGCGUGGCCAUCCACGCGCUCCUACUGCACGGAGCCGUGGUGUCCGCCCCGGCGUUUUGAAGACUAGGCUUCUGCGGCGGUUUUCCCGUGAAGCUCUUGUUACGCUGACUUCCGUCUUAUCACUUGCUGCGUUAUUUGUUGAAUUACCCUCUUUACAUCCGCAGUGUCCCCACGGAGAACGAGCUCAAGUUUCACUACAUGGUGCAUACGUCCCUGGACGUGGUGGACGAGAAGAUCUCAGCAAUGGGGAAGGCCCUGGUGGACCAGAGGGAGCUCUACCUGGGCCUGCUGUACCCCACAGAGGACUACAAGGUUUACGGCUACGUGACCAACUCCAAGGUGAAGUUUGUCAUGGUGGUGGAUUCCUCCAACACGGCGCUCAGAGACAACGAGAUUCGCAGUAUGUUCCGGAAGCUGCACAACUCCUACACAGACGUGAUGUGCAACCCCUUCUAUAACCCGGGGGACCGCAUUCAGUCCAGGGCCUUUGAUGGCAUGGUGACGUCCAUGAUGAUACAGGUCUGUUGAGGAGAGCUCUGCAGCCCGUGGCUGGAAGGAAUCGUUCUGUGCAUAACUGUGUUGUUCAGAUGUAUCUUUAUUUCUACUUGUCUCCUCUUGGGUGUCAUGGACGUGCCACUGGGGGCAGGGCCUCAUGCACGGUGCCUGUUGACUAAAGGUCUUGUGAGAUCA